AUGUCUGCCGCCUCUGCCUCCUCGUCGGCCGCCGCCGGCCAGACCCGUCUGCCCGCCGUGCACGAUGCAAAGGCAACCUGGGGCUUUCUGGAGCCAGGCAUCGACCUCAUGAUGACCCGCCUAAAGGAAGGCAUGACCUACCCGCGCUACAUGGAGCUCUACACCGUCGCCUACAACCACUUCACCUCCUCUUCGCUCGCCUCCUCCUCGACCGUUCUCGGCCGAUCCUCCGGUCCCUUCGGCUCAAAAGGCGGCACCAACCUCGUCGGCGCAGAGCUCUACAACUGCCUCAUCGGCUACUUCCGCACCCACCUUGAGCACGUCCGCCAGGGCUCCGACGGCCUCUCAGAAGAGCCCCUGCUCCGCUACUACGCCACCGAAUGGGACCGCUACACCACCGGCGCCAACUUUGUCCACCGCCUCUUUGCAUACCUCAACCGCCACUGGGUCAAGCGAGAAAAGGACGAGGGCCGCAAGUACGUCUACACCGUCUACAUCCUCGCGCUCGUCCAGUGGAAGGAGCACAUGUUCCGCUACGUCCAGCAGAAGGGUCGUCUCGUACACGCCCUGCUCAAGCAGAUCGAAAAGCAGCGCAACGGCGAGGUCAUCGAAGCCUCGCUCGUCAAAAAGGUCGUCGACUCGCUCGUCUCGCUCGGCCUCGACGAGACCGAUACCAACCGCCAGAACCUCGACGUCUACCGCCAGGAGUUCGAGAAGCCUUUCCUCGAGGCCACCGAGGCGUACUACAUCGCCGAAUCCGACGCCUUUGUGGCGCAGAACACCGCCACCGACUACAUGAAGAAGGCAGAGACCCGUCUCAAGGAGGAGGAGGACCGAGUCGAGCUCUACCUCCACGCCUCCACCCGCACCAAGCUCGUGCCCACGUGCGACAGCGUGCUUGUGCGCCGCCACUCCACCAUGUUAUGGGACGAGUUCCAGCAGCUGCUCGACAGGGACCACGCCGACGAUCUCUCGCGCAUCUACACGCUCCUCUCGCGCAUCCCCGAGGGCCUCGAGCCGCUGCGCACCAAGUUUGAGCAGCACGUCAAGCGCGUCGGUCUCGCGGCCGUCGAAAAGGUCGUCGGCGGAUCCGAGCCCAGUGCGGCUGCCAAUGGCGCUUCGGCUUCGACAUCGGCGGCACCCGCGGCUGCUGCUGCCGCUGCUGCGAGCGACUCGCUCGACCCGGGCGCGUACACAUCGGCCCUGCUCGAGGCGCACCGCGCCAACCUCAACACCAUCAACGUCGCCUUCCGCGGCGAGGCAGGCUUCCUCGCGGCGCUCGACAAGGCGUGUCGCGACUUUGUCAACCGCAACAAGGCGACAGGCACGUCGACAUCCAAGUCGCCCGAGCUGCUCGCCAAGCACACCGACGCGCUGCUCAAAAAGUCGAACAAGUCGUCGGCCGAAAGCUCGCUCGAGGAUGCGCUCUCGGACGUCAUGGUGGUGUUCAAGUACAUCGAGGACAAGGACGUCUUCCAGAAGUUCUACUCCAAGAUGCUCGCCAAGCGUCUGGUCAACUUUGCCUCGGCGUCGGACGAUGCGGAGGCCAACAUGAUCUCGCGGCUCAAGGAGGCGUGUGGAUUCGAGUACACCGCCAAGCUCGCGCGCAUGUUCACCGACAUGGGCCUGUCCAAGGAGCUCAACGACCACUUCAAGGAGACCAUGGCCAAGAACCACGACAAGGCCGAGUUGGACGUCGACUUUUACGCGCUCGUCCUCGCCAAUGGCUUCUGGCCGCUGCAGGCGCCGACGACGGACUUUAGCAUCCCGACGGAGCUGUUGCCGACGUACGAGCGCUUCCAGCGUCACUACAGUGCCAAGCAUUCGGGUCGCAAGCUGACAUGGCUGUGGCAGUUGAGCAAGAACGAGGUGCGCGCCAACUAUCUGCAGCAGAAGCUGCAGUUCCAGACGUCGACGUUCCAGACGGCGGUGCUGUUGCAGUUCAACACGAACGACGUGCUGUCGCGCAGUCAGCUUGCGCAAGCGACGGGGCUGAAUGAUGCGACGCUCAAGGCGGUGCUUGCGAUGCUGACCAAGGCCAAGGUGCUGCAGGCGUCGGGCGACGAGUCGUACGAGCUCAACGUCAACUUCAAGUCGAAGAAGCUGCGCGUCAAUCUCAACCUGCCCAUCAAGAGCGAGCAGAAGAUCGAGAGCAACGACGUGCUCAAGACGGUCGACGAGGAUCGCAGGUUGCUGCUCCAGGCGACGAUCGUGCGCAUCAUGAAGAGCAGGAAGCAGAUCAAACACCAGGCGCUCAUCCAGGAGACCGUCGCCCAGGUCAGCUCGCGAUUCACCCCGCGCGUACCCGACAUCAAAAAAGCCAUCGACCAGCUGAUCGACAAGGAGUACCUCGAACGCGCAGACGGCCAAAAGGACACCUACUCCUACCUCGCCUAG